AUGGGACCUCAGGGAGGAAAGCUCAAGCUCCCCUGGAAGGAGCUGGAGAAGUUGUUCAAGCGCCGCAGAGUGCUGAGCAGGGAUGAGUGGUGGAAGCGCCAGGUGGUUGCCGUGAUAGGCAGAGGGCGGACUACAAGGCACCACUUCGGCAAGCGGGCGUCCAGUGCACGUGCCAACGUCACGCUAUCUGGGAAGAAGCGCAGGAAACUCCUGCAGCAGACCCGCCUAGCCCAGAAAGAAAAAGCAGCCAGGGAUGUGGAAGCCCCCUCCAAGUCAACCAGGACUAGCGAGCCACAGCCCAAACAACGACACAAGAAGAUAAAAGCUCCUCGGGAUGUAGAUAUGGAGGACCUCGGAGAUGAGAGUUAA